UAAUGUUCACGAUUUGAAUUGUAAAAUGAGCGAUAAACAUUAAAUAAAUGCAAGCAGUGAACUGGACUUUAUUGAAUCUAUAAUACGAAUGGAAGAAAAUUAAAACCUCGAACUUUUUUUCGGAAAGAGGCUCGUUACUUUUCCCCUCAAAAGCUGAAGAACGAUUAAAUCUUUGUUGUUUUUUUAACUGCUAGUGUUGUGAUGAACUGCCAGCGACCAAGCUGCUCUGUUUCAAGCAGACGCCUCAGAGGCUCAGUCGCUAGCACACAGGUGGGACAGGACAAACUGACAAACACAGCGAUAGAUCUCGCCGCUCGAUCUAGGCUAUAGAUCUGUCAUAGAUCUUACCUGUAGCGGUCUACAGCUAGCCGGGUGUUGUUUAGCGUUUGCCCUCGCUGGGUCACAGAAGUCGCCCAGUUGUUACAUCAUGCAGCGACCCACGUGCGGCAUAUCGUCCGUACAGAUACAGUGAAGCCGGAUUCAGGAUGGUCUAGGCAGCUGACUUUUGACGUCUGACUUUUGACGUCUGAGCUGCUUCCAGCGUCGGCAGUUGUUUUAGGAGGUUUGGCGUACGGGGACAAGGAGCAGGGAUGUGGAAACGAGGCGCAUGGAGAACUCGGGAGAAGCCCCCACCGCCCCUCGACACGGGGUGGGCGUGGAUGGUUGUCCUAGGUGUGUUCAUCAACGCUUUCUUCAUGGUGGGCAUCGCCAAGUCGUUCGGCCUGUUCUUGGACCAGUUCAAACGACAGUUUGGGGUGAGCACCGCGGCGGCGGCCAUGAGCAUGAGUGUGAGCGCCUUUGUCUACGCCAUAGGAGGGAUUGGGAACUCUGCUGUGUACGGCAAUGGGCUGCUGAUGAUCGGGAAAUAUUUCCGCACACGUCGCACACUGGCCACUGGCAUAGCCGUCUCCGGCGCCAGCAUCGGCCAGUUUGUCAUGCCAGUGGCCAUCGAGUUUUUCCUGGAGCAGUACGGGCUCGGCGGCACGCUGCUGCUCAUCUCUGCGCUGUACUUCCACUCGUCCGUGGCCGGCAUGUUGUUCCGACCCAUCGAGCAGUACGCGGAGGAGAUUGUCGCGCCGCCGUCGCCCGGGGCAGAGGAAGUACAGGAGGGUCUGGCUGCUGGUGAGGGGGCUCUCAGAGAUGUUGCUGAUGCUGCGGGGGUCAGUGAGGCUGGUGAUGAUGAUGAUGACAAAGCUGGCACAAACCACAACAUUCUCUCCAACGGGACUGUCUCUGUACCUCGUGAGUGUAACGACGUGGCCGACAGCUGUCAGCUAAUUAGGUCAGGGAAUGGCACAGAUGGCAGCCCUGAAUCGCGGGAAGAGCUCAGUAAGAAAGCCAUCAUGUACGCCAGUUCUGGGAGUCUGGUCGCUGCCAGUGCCAGUAUCCCUGACGUGUCGCGGACAGACGUGUCAGGUACAGACGGUGAGCCGGGCCAGGCGGAGGUCAGCGUAAAGCGAGGUCCGUCCGUCCUGGCGCGAGUGCUAGACUUCUCCGUUCUGAACAGUUACGUGACCGUUUUCUACACCUUCCUCUCCUUCUUCUGCUUCUUCGGGUACUUCAACCUCAUCCUCUUCCUGCCCGCGAUCCUGGGAGAGAAGGGUGUGGAGAGCUACGACAAAGCCUUCCUCAUAUCGCUGUGUGGCAUCGGAGACCUCAUCGCUCGUCUCGCUACGGGGUUCUUCGGAGAUAUGAAAAUCGUGGCUCGCUACAAGAUCAAGGCCAUGGCGUGCCUUCUGUGUGCCAUCAACAUCGCUUUCUUCAUCUACGCUGACACGUACGCCUGGCUGGGCGUUCACUGCUUCCUGUACGGGCUUCUGGGCGGCAGUUACGUGUGUCUCCUGGCCGUAGUUCUCGUAGACUUUGUGGGUCUGGAGACCAUGGCGAAAAACCUGGCCGUUGUUCUCCUCAUACAGGGGGUGGGCGGGGCAAUCGGACAGCCCUUGCUAGGUAUCGUGCGGGACAAGACAGAGUCCUACAACGCGGUGAUCCUCGUGUGUGCUGUGAGCCUGGCUUUUGGCGGUGUCGUUCUGUUCCUUUAUCCUCUGGUGAAGGUACGGGAGAAGAGGAGGAGGGACAGGACACAGUCAGCUGUGUGACAUGUGUGUGUGUGACAUGUGUGUGUGUGUGACGUGUGUGUGAGUAUGUGUGUGUGACACGGAGGAGCGGAACACAGUCAGCUGUGUGACUCACAAAAAGUUCCACCAUUUCACCAAAACUUAUAUUAUAAUGCUUUAUCAUGACAUCUCGGGUCUUUUUUUUCAACAGACUCUCCCGUGACUUUCCUCCCUGUAUAUACGUACAUCAGUGUCGGAACGACGAAUGCUUUUUAUCAGUAUAUGACUCGGUAACUUGCAAGUGUUGAAAAACUUGUACUAAAGCCAAAACUUGGUCCAAAACUGCUUUAUGACAGGCUGGCUGACAUCAUUUUUAUGUCAGCAGAUUCAU